AAGCAUGUUAGAUACUGAGAAGACUCUUCUCAGUGGCAGACACCUCCUUUCAUUCUGAUUGCCUCCAAUCAGUAGGAAAGAACAAGGAAGUAUGCUAAAAGACUCUUCUCAGUGGCUAGCACACUCCCCUUUCAUGCUGAAUGAUUCCGAGAAUGCUGGAGACAUAGGGAGCCUGCUGAGACCCUUCUCUCAAAACGCGAGGCUUGAGGCGCUUGAAACCCCUCCUGAUUCCGCACAGAUGGCGAGCGAUGGGCUGGCGGCGCCUCAUGCUCCAACAGCGGCAGUGGGGACUGGCAGUGAAAUGUCUACAUCCCAGGCUGGCAUGAUGUCAUCUCUGAAUGGGCAGCUGGUAAGAGCGGGUUGCUGGAUGGGGAUGGAGCAGACGCAGAUCCUUAUAUGCGGCCACAGCAUGAUCUUCUGGGCAGCCCGGAGGGCAGUGAAGUCGAGCAUGGGCUUGCAGUUGGGCCUCAGUAGAUGGGCUACAGUACAGUGGCUUGGCCGGCGAGGAAUGCGUUGGGAGGGGCUCCUACCCGCUCUAUUCCAGCAAGGUUUGGUGCGGACAAUUCUACAAGUGCUGGUCAUCCAUCUGAGUGGUAAUGACCUUGGCUUGGUGAAGGGCAAGGCCCUCAGCGUACAGGCAUGUAAGGACAUGCAAGCGAUAAGGCAGCAUUGGCCUUGGGUGCGUCUGCUGUGGUCAGACCUGCUUCCACGCCGGGUGUGGCGUGAUGUUUGGGAUCCAGUGGGGAUUGAUCGAGCACGGAAGAAGGUCAACCGGCAGAUUCGGUUGGCUCUUCUUGGGCAUGGGGGGUUGGUCAUUCCGCAUCCCCAAAUUCAGCCACAGAAGGGUGAACUAUACAGGGCCGAUGGCGUUCACCUGUCCGACGCAGGUAACGACUUAUUUUUGGGAGACCUGCAGAGAUGUCUGUGAGAGGUGCUUCUCGGCAGUGGGGUAAAAGGGGACUAAAUAGAGAUUUGUCCCCCUUUUGUGGUGGGAAGGUGCGGGAAGGGAAAUAGGUAAGGACAGC